AUGAAGAUCCCCGUCGUCGACUUUGCACCGUUUCUGGACAAGGCGAACGACGCUGCUGGGCGCCAGGCCGUCGCCGACAAGCUGCUUGCGGCGCUGCACGAGACGGGGUUCGUGUAUGUCGUGAACCACGGGGUGGAGCAGGCUGCGGUGGAGACGGCGUUUGCGAUGGCCAGACAGUGGUUCUCCCUCCCUUUUGGCACGAAGCUGCUCGCGCUGCGCCCCGCCAUGCAGCCCUACCCGCGCGGCUUUCUCUGUGUCGGGCGGCGGGACCGCGCGACGCCUGCGGAGUUGGCGCUGCCGGACCCCACCGACAUGAAGGAGAGCUUUGUGCUGGGGAGCAAAGACAAUGCGGGUAUGCCCAACAUAUGGCUGGACGAGAAGCCGGACGGCCUGGUGGAAACCGGCUUCCGCGCGAGCUGUUUGGGGCUGUAUGAGCAAUGCCACGCACUCGAAAGCGCCGUCUUCCGUGGACUCGCCCUCGCACUGGGCCUUCCCGACGACCACUUCGCCGUCGGCACCAGUAGCGAAAAUGAUCUGCGCCUCGUGCGGUACCACCCGUGCGCUAUUCGGGAUGUCGAGGGCCUCGAGGUGGAGGACCCCGAGAAGCCCGGCGUGUUCCACCCGAUCCUCCCGGUGCCUGGCGCGGUGCUGCUCAACGCGGGCGACAUGCUGCAGCGAGGCUCACGUGGCGCGGUCCGCAGCGCCGUACACCGCGUCGGCGCGCCGGCUGGUACAGUUGAGGUCAACGGUGCGCCGUGGAAGCCGGAGCGUCUGGAGAUCGUCUAUAACUGCGUGCCUGCGGAGGACGCGCGGCCUCAGCACAUCAUGCGAUCUCGUAAUUCCUGCCCGGCUUCAUAUGUUUCUAUUUCCCAUGUCAAACCAUACUGGUGCCCGCACGGCUUGCUCCAACGCUAA